AGUUUCAGGUGUAUUCGAAAUUUGAGGUGUAUUAACAGUGGUUAGAGCAAUUAUUAACACUCUUAUCAAUGAUCUAAUUGAUUGAUAAUUAAUUACACUCAUAUGGAAGGAGUUCAAAGGCGGCAACCUCUUAUUUCAAACAAUUUAAUUCAAGUCGGCGCUUAUUUCAAAUUGAAAGUGAGCCAUACCAGUUGUGCAUUAAAAAGAUGAAAGUGUAUACAGAAAAUAUUGACUCUAUUGAUCUUUGCUUCAAAUGGAUCUAUAAUAUUCUCUACUAUGGAGGCUGCCUUAGUUUUCAAUUACGUAGAAAGACACUACAACUAACGAAAGGCAAUAUUGUCUACACGCAUUUCAUACGGUCAGCAUUAAUACUAAGCUUCGUUGGUAGUAUAGCAUUGAAGAAUUCCAGCGGUUAUGGUUCAAAAGCAAUGCUCGACCAAUUAUCACCUGUUUUGAAAUUAAUACUCGGUUUUGAAACUUUCACAAGCACCGUGACAUACAUUGCCGUCACCAGCGCAAUGCAUGCAAACAGAUAUAAGCAUUUAAAAUUACUUUUCCAAUUUAAGGAGUUGGAUGAACAAAUGCAAGCGACUUACCCGAAAAUAAAAUGGAAUUAUCACAAAACAAUGCGUAAAUUCACGCCGAUAACACUAUGUGGCAUGUUUUACUACUAUGCGGUCUCAUUAAUUUAUGUUUUCAAUUUAUCCAAUUGCAACUGUGAUUACGCCACAACGCUUAUGUUUGCGCUGAGCUAUGCGAGCAUCACCAUUACGCCAGGCUGUACAUUUUUUCUACAUUUGGGUAUGAUGGACUUACAACGUAUACGCUACCGUCUCAUACAGCGGCUGCUGCGACAAGAAUAUUGCGGUUUGCGUAAGGAUGCUAGUAAGCAGUGUAAAUUUAAAUUACGCAUUACGCGCCUAAUUGACUAUUACAAACGGUAUAUUGAACUUAUCCUGCAAAUUAACGAUGUUUUUGGUGUGGUUUGUGGCAUUAGUUUGUUUCAUGAUUUUACUGUACUGACCAAUAUGACAUUCCUGAUGUGUCAAAAGGCAACGGAAAGUGGUACACGCUCGGAAGAGUAUGUAUUUAUAUUUCUAUUUAUGUUACCACGAAUUUAUAAGGUGACCAUAUAUGCUGUAUAUGGAUAUGUAACACAAAUGGAGCAACGCAAUUGCGCACAUGAGAUUCGGAUGAGUUCGAAGUAUUUUAGAUCUUCCUUGGUUAUGCGUAAUAAAUUGAGUGCAUUUCUACACUGGCAAAUGCAGAAAAAAUAUACAUUUUUGGUGGGAAGAAUGACGCGCUGUAAUCUUAUACUACUUUAUACGACCGUUAACAGCAUCGCCAGUAGUGUCAUUAUCCUAAUACAACUGCAAUUUCAGCAAAAUAGCAUUACGGAACGCAUGAAGAAUGGUAGAAUGUUGCAAGAUGUUGAACUUAUUUAAGGGAAAAUAAAUUUUUGCGUUUAAAAACAUAAUUAACAAAGCAUCAGUUUAAAUAUGUUAAGUAAAUAAAACUUAAGCCCAAGAGAAAGGAUUUCAACAAGACGAAGUUUUAUACAAAAAUCAUCUGAAAGCUUUUAAACGUUCUGACAACAAAAUAAAUACACAUUUUAUUUUUCGCGUCAACGAUUAUGUAAAACACAUAAAUAAUGUAAUUACUAUA